CUCAUAACAAGAUGGCGGCGUCCUUCGACCUGCAGCCGUAAAGUUAGCCAGUUAUUUAUAUGCGACAUAUGAAGUUAGAUGUUUAUCUGGCUAUUGCUGUAGAUUUAUUAACAGUGCCGUCUUUUUGAUAGACCACAGAAGAUGUUGUUUUUAGCGGUGGUAUCGUGUUUGCUGUAUUGUGCAGUCGGCGCUGAGAUGUCAGGUGCUUUGAAUGAUGUUUGGGAAUUCACUGAGAGCUACCUGCUGACUGUGUGGCAGAACAGGUUAUAUGUGUACACUACUGCUGCUGUUCUCAUAGGAGUCUGGCUUACUGUCAACAUGCUUUUCAAAAAGAAAAAAAUGGUCGACCCUAUAAGUCCUCUGCUUUAUAAAUCUGUGAAAAAUCAGGAACUUUCACCUGAAACAGAAAAAGUCCUUUAUGUUUCUGGGGUCAAAGUGCUGUAUGGAUCACAGACAGGAACUGCAAAGGGUUUUGCAAAAGAGCUUGCUGGCGGCAUCAGUGCUCAGGGGAUCCAGUGUGAGGUUAUAGAUAUGAAAGAGUACGACCCGGAGGAUAGACUGGCUGAGGAGUGCACAAGCAAGAUGGUCUGUGUGUUCCUGGUGGCCACAUACACAGACGGGCAGCCCACUGAGAGCACCGAAUGGUUCUGUAAAUGGCUUGAGGAAGCCUCCACGGACUUCCGAUAUGGGAAAACCUUCCUGAAGGGAAUGAGAUAUGCCGUCUUUGGGCUGGGGAACUCUGUUUAUGUCGGCCAUUACAACACUGUCAGUAAGAACAUAGAUAAGUGGCUGUGGAUGCUGAGCGCUGCCCGGAUCAUGACCAGAGGAGAAGGCGACUGCAACGUUGUGAAGAGCCGGCAUGGCAGCGUGCAGGCCGACUUCCAUGCCUGGAAAACGAAGUUCUUGAACCGGCUGCAGGCCCUGGCCAAGGGCGAGAAGAAAGCCUGCUCUGGCAAGUGCAAGAGCGGCAGCUGCAAGAAUAAGAAGAAACAUAAGGAGGAGGCAGAGGACAGCCAGUCGCACACUGAGAAGAACAACUCUGAGGAGGAGCUGAUGGAGUCCAGCAGUGAUGCAGAGUCCUCCGCUGAGGAAGAGAAGUCGCGUGGCUCCGUCAUCGACAUGGAGGACCUUGGGAAUGUGAUGAAUCGUAUGAAGAAAGCCAAGAGGAUGGAGGGAGAUGAAGAGGACUCCCAGAGGGUGAAGCUGUCAAAGCAGAAUGGAGUGAGGAAGAGCGAGUCAGAGGAGGAGCGGAGAGAGAUGAUCACUCCAGCCUUGAGAGAUGCUCUGACUAAACAAGGGUACAAACUAAUAGGAAGUCACUCUGGGGUAAAACUGUGUCGUUGGACCAAAUCAAUGCUUAGAGGGAGAGGAGGCUGCUAUAAACACACCUUCUAUGGGAUUGAAUCACACCGCUGUAUGGAGACCACGCCGAGCCUGGCCUGUGCCAACAAAUGUGUUUUCUGCUGGAGAACAGGUGUUCCAGGAGUGCGUCCCGAGCGCUUUGAGGAGGGCCUCACUGUGAAGCACUGUGCUCUGUCUCUGGUGGGCGAACCUAUCAUGUAUCCUGAGAUCAACUCCUUCCUUCGACUCCUUCACCAGCAGAACAUAUCGAGCUUCCUCGUCACAAAUGCCCAGUUCCCUGAGGAGAUCAGGAGUCUUGUGCCUGUUACACAACUUUACGUCAGCGUUGAUGCCAGCACCAAGGACAGUCUGAAGAAAAUUGACCGUCCCCUCUUCAAAGACUUCUGGCAGCGCUUCUUGGACAGUCUCAGAGCGCUUGGUGAAAAGCAACAGCGUACGGUGUACAGACUGACCCUGGUGAAAGCCUGGAAUGUGGAUGAGCUGAAGGCCUACGCAGAUCUCAUCUCCCUUGGACAGCCAGAUUUCAUCGAGGUCAAGGGAGUGACAUACUGUGGCGAGAGCUCAGCCAGUAGCCUGACAAUGGCCAACGUACCCUGGCACGAGGAGGUCGUCUACUUCGUGCAGCAGCUUGCCAACCUGCUCCCAGACUAUGAAAUUGCCUGCGAACACGAGCACUCCAACUGUCUGCUACUUGCGCACCACAAGUUCAAAGUCGACGGGAAGUGGUGGACGUGGAUUGACUACGAACGCUUCCAGGAGCUCAUUCAGGAAUACGAGGAGAGCGGGGGCACCAAGAGCUUCUCAGCGAUGGACUAUAUGUCCAAGACCCCCAGCUGGGCCAUUUUUGGGGCCGGAGAGAGGGGAUUUGACCCCUUGGACACACGCUUCCAGAGAAAGAAUAAGACCAAAGAUAUCUCAGGGUGCUGAUGUUACUUUUGCUUUCCUACUUUAAGUCUGUAGGGGAAUUUGUAUUUUUAAUAAAUGGAAUAGAUGACCUGAUUGACAGCACCCGUAGAUUAAGACUUUUCUUUUUAUUAUUUAAGCCAAGGCUCAGAUUGCUCUCCAAGACUUGCCUUAGGGAUGAAAUUCUGGUUAGCAUAUACUUGCAGAUACUUGGUAACUCUUUUUUUUCCCCCUUUUUUUUUCAUGCAUCUUUUAAUGAAUGUUAGCUGCUGUUUUUAGUUAUGAUCACAGUAAUAAAGAAUUUCAUUCCCAAGUCCUGUUCACUCUGAGCUCUGGAUCUAAUAGCUCUGGUAAGAAAACCAUCAGGUGGACAGACCGGAAGAACAAGUGACUUGAAUUUAAGGCUUCAUUUACUCAUACCACCUUAGGGCCUAAAUUUAGAGUGCACAAGAGGAAAGAACUGCAAAAGAAAAAUAUCACUAUAGUUAGCAACGUUAAUAACAUGUCACCUCAAACUGUGAUUUGUGCGUUCUUUUAGACGUUUAGAGGGCAGUUGAGUCAGAUGGGACUUUGAAUGGAGCAGUUCUUAUGGAUUGGCCCAUGAUACAGCUGAAAGCUAUUUGGAAUCAGAACUGCCCCAUAAAUAUCUCUGUAACAACCACUCAAGACAUUGGAAUGUGAAAUUGCAGUUCUUACCUUUUGCAUUGUCUUUUUGUUUUUUGUCUUGGGUAUUUCUACACAAUGUUGACGGAUUACAUCAAGUCAAAUGUCACUACAGGUUUUUGUUUGUAUUUUAUCAUUCUUUGCCUUUUUUUGUUUUGCAAAAUGUUGUAAUGCAGUUAUGAACCUGAUGUUUGUCCUUUAUUGGGUUACACUGAUAUUGUGAAUACACCCAAAAGGUAUCUCCAAACUGCAUUUGUUAUUCAUGCACAUGCAGGUGCGUUGCAAAUGAAAUUGAGUUUUGUAGUAGCUGCUUUCUUGGCGUCUUAUUAAAACUGUCUUUAUGGUGUUCUACAGAAGUUUGAAUGUUAUUGUAAGAGAUGGGAAUGUGCUUGAUGCUGAAUGAACUAGGUCACAGCCGUUUCACAGUUCUGCGACUGAAUGAAGCGGUCUUGAGUGACGGAUGAGAGGCGUAAUAUUAAGACCAGACAGAG